AUGCCUAUUUGCAUCGAGUGCUCCUAUCCAGUCUCUCACCUGUACAGCGCCUACAGUCGUGCUGAUGACCGGUCCCAAGGCAAGGGCGUGCGACUGACGCAAUGUCCCCGGUGCCAGCGGUUUGCCGAUAAAUACGUUGAAUAUGACUUUGUCGUGCUCUUCAUUGAUUUGGUGCUCAUUAAGCCCCAGGUAUACCGACAUCUCCUCUUCAAUCGGCUCGGGCGAGACGACAACAAAUUCAAUCGGUCCAUCAUUCGCCUCGGAGUUCUUCUGCUUCUCUUCGACGUCUACCUGACCUGGGCACGCAUCGAGAAGGACCCAUCCCUCGCAACAACCUUCCUGUCACGCGCCCCUAUCAUCGUCCAGUACCUCUUCUUCCUAAGCUUGAAUGCAGCCGCAACCCUAGCUCACCACCUCACCGUGCGCCUUUUGGCCUCAAUGCUCGUUCCAAAGUCGCGCCAAUACAGCGGACCAGACAGCAGCAAUGCCAACACCAAUCCUAGCACAAAGUCUACUGGAGAUGCCACCCCUUCCGCUCCCCCAACGCCAACAACGCAUCCCUCGCCAUCCGGAGUCUCAAUACACCCGCACGCCCAGAACUCCGCCAACCCCCCCGCAAGCCUGCUAAACCCAAACCCAACCCCAACCCCUAGCUCAUAUAGCGAGGUCACCUCCCCAACAGACCUAUCCCCACUACCGCAAGGUACAUCAAUGGGACCAUCACCUUUACCCGCGCCGCCCCUGCGCCGGGCAUCAACAGCCCCGCUGCAGAACAUUCAGCCCCUACCCCCUCCAACAGCCGCAAGCCCAGCAGCGAUCAGCACCGCUCUGCUCGUCAGCAGCUGCGCAAAGCUCUUCCCAAUCCUGCUAGUAAUCUGGGGCGCUGACGGUAGCGGCAACCUCUCCGAUAUCCCAGCGCACAGCCAUACAGCAGCACAGAUCCGGUCCGCGACGCAGUCGGCUAUGGUUUCGAGCGCGGUGCAUCAGAGCCUGUUCGCCACAGCCACGGAAACGUCUUCCCUGUGCGCGACAGCGGCUAUGUCAAGUCCGCCGUCGGCUGCAGUUAGUUCUUCUUCGUUUCUGGAAUCGUGGCUUGGUGUCACGGCUUCUUCGCUUCGGACUUCUACGCCGACUAGUUAUCUGACAGGGCUUUUUGACUUGCUUGCUUCAUUGCUUUCUCUUGGUGUGGUUGAUGCGCACCUGGUGCUGCUGAGUAAUAUCGAGGCCUUGUAUAUCUUGCUUGGUUGUGGGUAUUUGCGUGCUGUUGCUGUUGCUGUUGCGGGCCAGAUCGCCCGGUGGGCGGUGCAGAGGGUGAUUCUGGGUGCUGUGGGAGUUGGUUAA